ACAGCACCCACUUCCUAGGGAGGUUGACGGGAUGCAUUAAAGAUGGCUCGCGGAAUUGGAUGCAACGCGAAUUACAUCCCAUUCAUUUUGGAGUAACGUUGGCGAAACCUAAAACGACCGGCGGACGUCAGAAGCGAGGGCUCUGCGGCGUAAGAGCCGCCGCUUGCUGUUCUUCGUACCGGCGGCCCGGCGUCUCGCGAGCCGCUCGCGCCCGGUUUUGUUUACGACGCGCGCCCGCCGCUCGUGCGCCUAUUUGUAAAUAUCAUACUGGCGGAAAAUGGCCACCAUGGAGAAGCUAAUGAAGGCCUUCGAAUCGCUGCGCUCCUUCCAGCAGCAGCAGGGACCGCCGUCGGCUGAGGAGCUGGUGCAGAAGCAGAAGAAAGAUCUUACCACCACCAAAAAGGACAGGGUGACUCACUGCCUGACGAUAUGCGAAAACAUCGUGGCCCAGUCCCUGAGGACCUCCCCGGAGUUUCAGAAGUUGCUGGGCAUCGCCAUGGAGAUGUUCCUGCUGUGCAGCGACGACGGCGAGUCCGACGUCAGGAUGGUGGCGGACGAGUGCCUCAACAAGAUCAUCAAGGCACUCAUGGACUCCAACCUUCCCCGUCUUCAGCUCGAGCUGUACAAGGAGAUUAAGAAGAACGGCGCCUCGCGGAGCCUCAGGGCAGCGCUGUGGAGAUUCGCGGAGCUCGCCCACCUCAUCCGGCCGCAGAAGUGCAGGCCCUACCUGGUGAACCUACUUCCCUGCCUGACGCGCAUCAGCAAGAGACCCGAGGAGACCGUGCAGGAGACGCUGGCCACCGCCGUCCCCAAGCUCAUGGCCGCCCUGGGGAAUUUCGCCAACGACAACGAGAUCAAGGUGCUUCUGAAGGCGUUCGUGGCCAACCUGAAGUCCAGCUCGACCACCAUCCGGCGCACGGCAGCCAGCUCCGCCGUCAGCGUGUGCCAGCACUCCCGCCGGCCCCAGUACUUCUACACCUGGCUUCUCAACGUGCUCCUCGGUCUGCUGGUCCCUGUGGACGACGAGCACCCCAGCCCCCUUACGCUGGGGGCUCUGCUGACACUGCGCUACCUGAUGCCCCUGCUGCAGCAGCAGGUGAAGGACACCACCUUGAAGGGCAGCUUCGGAGUGACGCGCAAGGAGCCUGAUAUCUCGCCCACGCCCGAGCAGCUCGUCCAGGUGUUUGAGCUCACGCUGCAUUACACGCAACACCGCGACCACAAUGUGGUGACGGCCGCCCUGGAGCUGCUGCAGCAGGUGCUGCGCACCCCCCCGCCGGAGCUCCUCCGCGUGCUCAUCAGCCCCGGGAGCGUGCAGCGCGCCAGCGUGUCCCACGAGGAGGCCGAGAGCCGCGCACGCAGCGGCAGCAUCCUGGAGCUCAUCGCCGGAGGAGGGUCUUCAUGCAGUCCGCUUCUACUCAGGAAACAGAAAGGCAAGCUGCUCUCCGGAGAGGAGGAGGGGCUUGAGGAUGAGUCCGAGAGCAGGUCAGAGGUCAGCACAGGAGCCUUCACUGCCUCCGUUACCAGCGACGGCGCUGACGCCCCCCCUCCCUCGGCCUCCCUGGCCCCGGCUGACAUCAUCACGGAGCAGCCACGCUCCUCCCAGCGCGGCCUGCAGCCCGGCGACUCCGUGGAGCUGAGCGCCUCCUCUGAGCGCGGCUCGCCUGGCUCACCUGAGGAGGAGGGGGAGGAGGAGGAGGAAGUGGGCGAAGAAGAGGUGCUGAGCCCCAGCUCCGGCCCGGCCAGCGGCUCCGGCGGCCCUGAGGGCACCCUGCCUGCCUCGUCGCCCCCCAGCGACAGCUCCCAGACCACCACCGAGGGGCCCGACUCGGCCGUCACCCCCUCCGACUGCGCCGAGCUCGUUCUGGAUGGCAGUGAGAGUCAGUACUCGGGGAUGCAGAUCGGUACACUCCAGGAUGAAGAGGAGGAAAACGCAAACACCACUGCUGAGGAGACCUUGGAGUCCUUCUCCAGAACUGCCCUUGUAUUGAGCAAGCCUCACCUCAUGGAGAAUAAGGGUCACAGUCGGCAGUCGUCCGACAGCAGCGUGGACAGACUGGUGCUCAAGGAGGAGGUGGUGGAGCCCACAGAGCUGGAGAACAAGCCAUCGAGAAUAAAAGGAGAGAUCGGACACUACACAGACCCAAAGGCCGAGCCCCUGGUGCACUGUGUCCGCCUCUUGUCUGCAUCCUUCCUGCUCACGGGUCAGAAAGAUGGCCUGGUGCCAGACAAGGAGGUGCGGGUGAGUGUAAAGGCGCUGGCAGUGAGCUGCGUGGGGGCGGCCGCCGCCCUGCUCCCAGAAGCCUUCUUCAGCAGCCUGUACCGAGAGCCUCUGGAAGGGCUGCCGUCGGAUGAGCAGCAGUACGUGACCGACAUCCUGAAAUACGUCGAACACGGAGAUCCGCAGAUCCGUGGAUCCACUGCCAUCCUGUGCGGGACGGUCAUCCAUUCCGUCCUCACCAAGACCCGGUUCAAUGUGGAACCCUGGCUGGCUACAGUGAAAACCUCAACGGGAAACCCCUUGUCUGUAGUGGACCUCGUGCCUUUGCUGCAGAAGACAUUAAAGGAUGAGUCUUCCGUCACCUGCAAAAUGUCUUGUGCCGCCGUUAGGCACUGCAUCAUGGCCCUGUGCUGCAGCAGUUUCAGUGAACUGGGCCUGCAACUGGUCAUCGACCUCCUGACCCUGAGGGACUGCUCCUAUUGGCUGGUCAGGACCGAGCUGCUGGAGACGCUCGCCGAGAUGGAUUUUCGGUUAAUAAGUUUCCUGGAGAGGAAAACGGAGCGUUUGCAUAAGGGGGAGCACCACUACACUGGGCUGCUGAAGUUACAGGACAGGGUGCUGAAUGAUGUCAUCCUGUACCUGCUCGGGGAUGAGGACCCGCGAGUGCGUCAUGUGGCGGCUGCCACGGUCGGCAGACUCGUCUCCAGGCUGUUCUACGACUGUGACCAGGGCCAGGGGGAUCCAGUGGUAGCCAUCGCUCGGGACCAGAGCAGCGUGUACCUGCAGCUGCUGAUGCAUGAGAACCAGCCCCCAUCCCAGUUUACAGUCAGUACCAUCACCAGGACGUACAGAGGGUACAGCCUCUCGCCACACACCUCCGACAUCACCCUGGAGAACAGCCUGUCCCGGGUGAUCACGGCCGUGUCGCACACCCUCACCUCCUCCACCUCUCGCGCCCUCACGUUCGGCUGCUGCGAGGCCUUGUGCCUGCUGUCCUCUGCCUUCCCAGUGUGCACCUGGAGCGUGGGCUGGCAUUGUGGGUAUAUCGGCUCCUCCACCAAUCAGCAGAGCCGCUCGAGUCUCUACAAGAACAGGAGUCGUUCCUUCAGCCAGUCCCAGCCUGGUUCAGGUGAUGAUCUGAAGAAGACCUGCACCGUGGGCAUGGCUAACAUGGUGCUGUCACUGCUGACAUCCGCCUGGUUCCCGCUCGACCUCUCCGCCCACCAGGACGCCCUGCUCCUGAUGGGCAACCUGCUCGCAGCCGCUGCUCCCAAAUGCAUGAAGAGUCCCUGGUUGGGGGACGAGGAGUCCGCCUCCGGGAGUGCCAAGCAGGAGGAGGCGUGGCCGGCGCUGGGAGACCGCGCCGUGGCGGCCAUGUUGGAGCAGCUCUUCUCCCACCUGCUGAAGAUCAUCAAUAUCUGCGCGCAUGUUGUGGAUGAGGUGGCCCCGGGGCCUGCGGUGAAGGCCACCCUCCCUUCGCUGUCCAACACGCCGUCGCUGAGCCCCAUUAGGAGGAAGAGCAAAGAGAAGGAGCCGGUGGAAGCCAACGCUACCCCCAUGAGUCCCAAGAAGAGCGGUGAUGGCAGUCAGGCAGCUAGACCCACGGAGGGUACGGGGGCCGCCACUAUCAACAAGUCCACCUCGCUGGGCAGCUUCUGCCACCUGCCCCCCUACCUGAAGCUCUAUGACGUGUUGAAGGCCACCCACACCAACUACAAGGUGACACUAGACCUUCACAAUCCCAGCGAGAAGUUUGGCAGCUUCCUGAGGUCGGCGUUGGACGUGCUGUCCCAGCUGCUGGAACUGGCGACGCUGCAUGACAUCGGGAAGUGCGUAGAAGAAAUCCUGAGCUACUUGAAGUCUUGCUUCUCCAGAGAACCUACCAUGGCCACCGUGUGUGUGCAGCAGCUUCUCAAAACCCUUUUUGGAACCAACUUGGCCUCCCAGUAUGACGGCUCCUCGUCGAACCCCAGCAAGUCCCAGGGCAAGGGGCUGCGGCUGGGCUCUUCCAGCCUGCGGCCAGGACUCUACCACUACUGCUUCAUGGCCCCCUACACGCACUUCACCCAGGCGCUGGCCGACGCCAGCCUGCGCAACAUGGUGCAGGCCGACCUGGAGCAGGACACCUCCGGGUGGUUUGAUGUGAUGCAGAAGGUGUCCAACCAGCUUAGGUCCAGCAUCGCCAAUGUCACCCGACACAGAGGGGACAAGAACGCCAUCCACAAUCACAUCCGGCUCUUCGAGCCGCUGGUCAUCAAGGCUCUGAAGCAGUACACCACCAGCACGUCCGUCCUCCUGCAGAAGCAGGUCCUGGACCUGUUGGCGCAGCUCGUGCAACUCCGUGUCAACUACUGCCUGCUGGACUCAGACCAGGUGUUUAUUGGCUUUGUUCUCAAGCAGUUUGAGUACAUUGAGGUGGGACAGUUUCGGGAUUCCGAGGCCAUCGUACCCAACAUCUUCCUCUUCCUGGUGCUGCUGUCCUACGAGCGCUACCACUCCAAGCAGAUCAUCAGCAUCCCCAAGAUCAUCCAGCUGUGCGACGGCAUCAUGGCCAGCGGCCGCAAGGCUGUCACCCACGCGAUCCCCGCACUGCAGCCCAUCGUCCACGACCUGUUCGUGCUGCGCGGCUCCAACAAGGCGGACGCUGGCAAGGAGCUAGAGACCCAGAAGGAGGUGGUAGUGUCCAUGCUGCUGCGUCUCAUCCAGCACCACCAGGUUCUGGAGAUGUUCAUUCUGGUGCUGCAGCAGUGUCACAAGGAGAACGAGGACAAGUGGAAGAGGCUUUCCCGGCAGAUUGCCGACGUCAUACUGCCCAUGAUCGCCAAGCAACAGAUGCACUUGGACUCCCAUGAAGCCUUGGGAGUGCUGAACACGCUGUUUGAGACGGUGGCCCCUUCUUCCCUGCGGCCCGUGGACAUGCUCCUGAAGAGCAUGUUUGUCACCCCCGGUACCAUGUCGUCUGUAGGCACGGUGCAGCUGUGGGUGUCGGGCAUCCUGGCCGUGCUGCGCGUCCUCAUCUCCCAGUCCACCGAGGACAUCGUGCUGUCCCGCGUCCAGGAGCUCUCCCUGUCCCCCUUCCUCCUCUCCUGCGCCACCAUCCAGCUCCUCCGCCAGGACGCCGCCCCGGCGCCCUCUAGCGAGGAGGUCAACGGCGACUCUCAGCGGCACCUGCCGGAGGAGACCUUCGCUAGGUUCCUGCUGCAGCUGGUUGGGGUCCUGCUGGAGGACAUCUCCACCAAGCAGGUGAAGGUGGACAUGAGCGAACAGCAGCACACCUUCUACUGCCAGCAGCUGGGAACCCUGCUUAUGUGCCUCAUCCACAUCUUCAAGUCAGGGAUGUUCCGGAGAAUCACGGCAGCGGCCACCAAGCUGCUAAAGGCCGAGGCAGCUGAGGGCGCUUUCUACACCCUGGAGGGCCUGAACAGCACGGCUCACAGCCUCAUUCCCACGCACCCGGCACUGGUGCUGCUCUGGUGCCAGAUUCUGCUCAUCAUCAACUACACCAACUACACAUGGUGGUCUGAGGUGCAUCACACCCCCAGGAGACACAGUCUGUCCUGCACCAAGCUACUGAGCCCCCACUCAUCCGGAGACGGGCCGGAGGACAGACCGGAGGCCAAGCUGGCCGUCUGUAACAGGGAGGUCGUCCGCAGGGGCGCGCUCAUCCUCUUCUGCGACUACGUGUGCCAGAACCUGCACGACUCGGAACACCUGACCUGGCUCAUCGUGAACCACGUGCGAGACCUGAUCAGCCUUUCCCACGAGCCUCCAGUACAGGAUUUCAUCAGCGCCGUGCACCGCAACUCCGCGGCCAGCGGCCUCUUCAUCCAAGCCAUCCAGUCGCGCUGUGAGAACCUCUCCACUCCCACCAUGCUGAAAAAGACCCUGCAGUGCCUGGAGGGGAUCCACCUGAGCCAGUCGGGGGCCCUGCUGAUGCUGUACGUGGACAAGCUGAUCAACACGCCGUUCCGCGCGCUGGCGCGCGUGGUGGACACUCUGGCCUGCCGGCGCGUGGAGAUGCUGCUGGCCGAGACCUUGCAGAACAGCAUAGCCCAGCUGCCCCUGGAAGAGCUGGACAGGAUCCAGGAGUACCUUCAGAGCAGUGGCUUAGCUCAGAGGCAUCAGAGGCUCUUCUCCCUGCUGGACAGAUUUAGGGCGACCAUCGCGGAAGAUUCUGCUAGCCCAGGGCCCCCGGUCACCCCGCAUCCCCUGGAUGGAGAGCCUUCCCCAGCCCCAGAGACAGUCAUCCCCGACAAGGACUGGUACCUGGCUCUGGUCAAGUCCCAGUGCAGUGUGCACACUGACGCCGCCCUGCUAGAGACCACUGAGUUGCUCACCAAACUGCCCCAAGCAGAUCUCUCCACCAUUAUGAUGUGCAAGGAGUUUAACCUGAACUUGCUGUCCCCGUGUCUGAGCGUGGGGGUGCAGCGCCAGUCCCAGGAUCGUGGAAGCAUCCUUCUGGAGACCACCCUCCAGGUCACCCUGGAACACCUGGCCAGGACCGUGCAGCUCCUGCCCGUCCCGCACCAGCCCUUCCCCCCACCCACCGACCAAGUGACCUCCGACACUCUGACAUCCACCUACUGGGACAAGCUGGCAGACGUCUUCAGUGAGCUCGUUUUCUACCAGACUGUCAUGAGCCUUUGCAGGGCUAUCAGUCAGUACCUGCUGUCGCUGUGCAAGCUCCCUGCUUCCCAGCAGAUCCCUGCAGACAAAGAGGCUCUGAUCGUCAACUUUGCGGUGCUGGCCCUGGAGUUGGUGGUGUGGCGCCGCCUACAGGACCAGCCCAUGCUGAGCGUGGACGUACAGGCAGCCCUGUCCUGCUGCUGCCUGACCCUGCAGCAGCCCGGCCUCUGGGCCCACCUCGCUACUGCCUCACAUUCCAGCCAGGCCUGUUCCCUCAUCCGCUGCGUGCGGCUCCUCAUCGAAGCAGUGGCAGUGGAACCCGGGGACCAGCUCCUGCGGCCUGAGAGGAGGAAGACGACCUCGGACAGAGGCGGCGAGGAUGACCAGGUGGAUUCCUCGUCCCCAGCCGGUGCGUGCGUGCGGAGCGCGUGUGAGGUCACAGCGGAGCUGGUGGAGGCGCUUCAGAGCGUGCUGGCACUGGGCCACCCCAGGAGCAGCCGGAUCCCAGCCUUCCUCAUGCCCUCGCUCUGCAACAUCAUCAUCAGCCUGGCCAGGCUGCCGCUGGUCAACAGCUACGCCAGGGUGCCCCCACUGGUCUGGAAGCUGGGCUGGUCCCCCAGGCCGGCUGGAGAUUUUGGCACAACCCUGCCAGAAAUCCCUGUGGAGUUCCUGCAGGAGAAGGACGUCUUCAGGGAGUUCCUCUACCGCAUCAAUACCCUGGGGUGGAGCAGCCGGACGCAGUUCGAGGAGACCUGGGCGACGUUGCUGGGAGUGCUGGUCACUCAGCCCAUCACCAUGGACCAUGGAGAUGAGAGCCAGCAGGAGGAGGACCUGGAGCGGACGCAGAUCAACGUGCUUGCAGUCCAGGCCAUCACGUCUCUGGUGCUGAGCGCCAUGACGCUGCCCAUCGCCGGGAAUCCGGCAGUCAGCUGCCUGGAGCAGCAGCCCCGCAACAAGACCCUGAAAGCCCUCGAUACUCGGUUUGGUAGGAAGCUAUGUGUGAUCCGCGGUGUUGUGGAGCGUGAGAUCCAGGCCAUGGUGUCCAAGCGGGACAACAUCGCCACGCAUUUCCCCUACCAGGCCUGGGACCCCGUGCCCUCACUGUCCUCCUCAUCCACAGGUACCCUGAUCAGCCAUGAGAAACUGCUUCUCCAGAUCAACACCGAGAGGGAGCUGGGAAACAUGGAGUACAAGCUGGGUCAGGUGUCCAUCCACUCGGUCUGGCUAGGCAACAACAUCACACCCCUGAGGGAGGAGGAGUGGGGGGAAGAUGAGGAAGACGAGACGGACACCCCAGCGCCGGUGUCACCACCUACCUCUCCCAUCAACUCCAGGAAACACCGCGCCGGUGUGGACAUUCACUCCUGUUCCCAGUUCCUGCUGGAGCUCUACAGCCAGUGGAUCCUGCCCAGCAACCCAAGCCACAGGAAAACCCCAGUGGUGCUGAUCAGUGAGGUGGUGCGUUCGCUGCUGGCUGUAUCUGAUUUGUUCACGGAGAGGAACCAGUUCGAGAUGAUGUACAACACGCUGACCGAGCUGCAGAAGGUCCACCCUCCUGAAGACGAGAUUCUCAACCAGUACCUGGUACCGGCGAUUUGCAAGGCUGCUGCCGUUCUGGGCAUGGACAAGGCGACUGCAGAACCUGUGUGUCGUCUGCUGGAAGCCUCACUCCGCAGCACCCACCUGCCCAGCCGGAUCGGGGCGCUACACGGCGUCCUGUACGUGCUGGAGUGCGACCUCCUGGACGACACCGCCAGGCAGCUCAUCCCCUCCGUCUCUGACUACCUGCUGUCCAACCUGCGCUCCAUCGCUCACUGUGUGCAGCUGCACAACCAGCAGCACGUGUUGGUCAUGUGCGCCGCUGCCUUCUACAUGAUGGAGAACUACCCACUGGAUGUCGGCUCGGAGUUCACUGGCGGAGUCAUCCAGCUUUGCGGGGUGAUGGUGUCGGCCAGUGAGGAGUCCACGCCCUCCAUGGUGUACCACUGCGUGUUGCGGGGCAUGGAGCGCCUUCUGCUCUCAGAGCAGCUGUCCCGGCUAGACUCCGAGGCCCUGGUCAAGCUCAGUGUGGACCGGGUCAACAUGUCAAGCCCGCACCGGGCCAUGGCCGCCUUGGGUCUGAUGCUCACCUGCAUGUACACGGGGAAGGAGAAAUGCAGCCCCGGGCGAGUCGCCGACGCGGAGCCCACAGCCCCCGACAGCGAGUCUGUCAUUGUGGCUAUGGAACGUGUGUCUGUGCUCUUUGACAGGAUCCGGAAGGGCUUUCCUUUCGAGGCCCGUGUGGUCGCCCGCAUCCUGCCUCAGUUCUUGGAUGACUUCUUCCCCCCGCAGGACGUCAUGAACAAGGUCAUCGGAGAGUUCCUGUCCAAUCAGCAGCCAUACCCACAGUUCAUGGCAGCGGUGGUCUACAAGGUGUUCCAGACGCUGCAUGCCACGGGCCAGUCGUCCAUGGUGCGGGACUGGGUCCUGCUCUCCCUGUCCAAUUUCACACAGAGGACCCCGGUGGCCAUGGCCAUGUGGAGCCUCUCCUGCUUCUUUGUCAGCGCCUCCACCAGCCAGUGGAUCAGUGCCCUCCUGCCGCACGUCAUCAGCCGCAUGGGCAAGUCCGAGCUGGUCGACGUCAACCUCUUCUGCCUGGUGGCCAUAGACUUCUACAGGCACCAGAUCGACGAGGAGCUCGACCGCCGGGCGUUCCAGUCCGUCUUCGAGGUGGUCGCCUGCCCCGGCAGCCCCUACCACCGGCUGCUCGACAGCCUGCAGAACAUCCACCAGGUCACCACCUUCUGAGGGCCACCUGAGCCAAGAGCCAACAUGGAGUGCCGGCCGGCCUCCCAUCUGAGUGACCACUAGGGGGCAGGAGAGGGCAGGGGGUCGCAUCUGUGUGCCUCUGCCUUCAAACUCACCCCAAGACCCCCCUGACAGAAAGAUUCCCUCUUAGCACCACUAAAACGCGCCGGUUCUUAAUGGUUUUCGGCUCAGCUUGACCCACUUCCCCCUGCAUGGACUCGACACUACUGUGUCUACUGUCUCUCUCUCUCUCUCUCUCUCUCUCUCUCUCUCUCUCUCUCUCUCUCUCGCUCUCUCUGUCUGUCUGUCCCUCUGUACUUGAAACUGGAGCUGUUGUGAAUGAAAAAUGAAUCCUGACAUUCCCUUUAAGGGGGAACGCAAGUCAGACCUGUAGGAGAAGCGCCUAUGGUUAAAGAAAUAACUACUAUUUUUGAGUGCGUUUUGUUACUGAAGACUAAAUUGAACUGUAUAUGACUGGCCAGAAAAGCACUAUAUGCCCUGCCUGAUGUCCACAGUGGUCAAACUUGUAUUUUUUUAAUUGCCCCAUUAUUUCUCACUGUCCUUUAAAGAGUCCAGGUUUUCGUAAUUCCUUUAAGUCUCUGGAUAGCCAUAGACAGCUGGGACUGUGUUUAAGCGCAGUCGUCCCAUGGCCCGCUUGCAGUCAUUCCCUGUAUGCAGUUACCCAGCACAAUACAUGUGUCUGUCUCUGCAUGCUUGGGGUGGGGGGAGGGGGAGGAGGCACAUACUACAUAAGAGUGGCUUCUUUUGUCUUUUUUUUUUUUUUUUAAUUCUCAGGACGUAAGAAGAGAUUAUACUGACUGGAAGUGUCUUUUAACAGAAACCUUUCUAUAUCAUGUAUAGUAUGUACAAUUGUAAAACCUGUGCUGCAUGAGAUCUGUGUUUUAAAACAACAAAAAGGAAAAAGAAAGAGGGGAGGAAGAGUAGGAGAAGACGAAAGCUGGUACUGAGCGCAACUCUUUCCUCGGAUCUUUCUGUCGUGGCCCUCGGUCCUGCAAUCUAUAUAACUCACUGCGCCAAGCAAUAAACAAAAUGCUGCAUCCGGUAUGACUCUCCCUCUAUCAGCAACCACAAGCUUCUGUUCGGAGCCACGUUGACGUGAGAAUUGCGGCCUGACUGGAUUACGUGUAAAUACCAAGUACUAGCUACGUAAAUUGAAUACUUUGUGUAUAUUAGAGCUGCAGCAUGCUAGAAGUCCACUUUUGAAUGGAAAUGGAUAUUUUUUUAGGUUGGAAAGAGGCUACUUUGGUAGUGAAAGAAUGUUGCGUGGGUUAGCGUUGCCUGUAAGCUGGAGGGUCGUCACUGUCGCUUGCUGCAGUGUCCGCGAAUCCGCCUCACUCCACUUCUUUAAAGCUUUAAGCUGCGGUUCCUCAGUUCAGACUCGCACCAGAGCCCCUGCUUCACCUUAGUAACCAGAUUAAGUGCCUGUUAGCGCUUAAACAUGGAAUCUACACAGAGCUGCUGCCGUCUCUAAUCGUGUUGCUCAGUGGAAACCCGUAGCAGCAGAUUUAUUGGAUGCAAAGUCAUGGCAAGAUGAUCUAUAUUUUUGUUUUGUUUUCAACACCUGUAAGAGUGGUCAUUUCAUGGUAGACACUGACGUUGUGUGACACUGCACUUUGGAAGCUGUUUCCAACUGUAUAUUUCGAAUUCAAGCAAGGCUUUCAAAAUUGCUCGGAUUUAGCUGUGGAUUAACUUGCGGGUAAUCCCCUUAAUGCCUCAAGUCAGUUUGUAAGAUGCAGCUUCCUUGGAAUUAAACCAUGUGGCUCGUCAGACCUCUGUAACAAUACUGGAGAUUGUUUUCCUCAUUCCAUCGGGGUUCCUGAAUCCCUCAUUUUUUGAAAUGUGAAGCUUUAAGUUGUUCCCAUGUUUUGGCAGGGAAGUUCGACUUCAGCACAGAUCAUGUUAGCUGUUGGGGCUUUUUUCCUUUUUUUUUUUUUUUUUUUUGGUGGGGGGUCAGGGAUGCGUCUUGUGCGAUUGCCGUAGUCGCCGCUCAGACCUCGGACAUUUGUGCCCGUGGUGUUUUUCCUGUGCAAGGCUGUGAAAGGACGAAUCUGGAGCCUUUACACAAGAUUGGUCGCUGUUAUGCUUUCAUAUUACGAGAGGAGAUUGUAUUACAUUUUAUGUCAUGUUUUAACAUUUACGUGAAAAAAAAAAUAUGUAAAACAAUAAAAUGUUUUAAAUUGAA